UUGUGUUUUUCAAUCUCUCGUCCGGCUGUGGAACACGCGCCCGCGCGCGCGCGCGUACAUGCUACUCACAGACACACACGAGCGCACGUACAUACACAUAUUAUACGCAGUUGCUCCGUACUAAUAAUUUUUUAACACACGCGUAUUGUCAUGUAUGUAUAAAUAUAAAAAUAAAGGAAAUUUUACCGAGAACCAAUUUUUUUUUCUCUCGACUAGCGUACCGCCCUCUUCCGUCGUCGUCGUCGCGUACCGGCAGUGUUAACAGUGAUCGCGUACAACAUUCGCGUCGUCCGUCUCCUAUAGCCGCAGCGGCGCAAUAUUUUCUAUCACAUUGGCCGUGUUCACGUCCAUUAUAGGUUAAAUUAGUCUGUUGGUCAAGUUAAAUAUCAAAUGUCUGGAGAUAAAGAAGACUCGGUUCAGAGAGCCAAGCUGGCCGAGCAGGCGGAACGGUACGACGAUAUGGCUAGCUCAAUGAAAUCUGUUACCGAAACUGGCGUGGAACUGUCUAAUGAAGAGCGCAAUCUGCUUUCGGUAGCCUACAAAAAUGUUGUAGGUGCUCGGCGGUCAUCAUGGCGAGUUAUUUCUUCAAUUGAGCAAAAAACAGAAGGUUCUGAGAAGAAACAACAAAUGGCACGAGAGUAUCGGGAGAAGGUUGAAAAGGAACUCAGAGACAUUUGCUACGACGUAUUGAACCUUUUGGACAAAUACCUAAUCCCCAAAGCGAGUAAUGCUGAAAGCAAAGUCUUCUACCUUAAAAUGAAGGGUGAUUAUUACAGGUACCUGGCAGAAGUUGCUACUGGCGAAACUAGAAAUGCUGUGGUUGAUGAUUCUCAACUAGCAUACCAGGAUGCAUUCGAAAUCAGUAAAGCAAAAAUGCAACCAACACAUCCAAUCAGAUUGGGUCUGGCAUUAAAUUUCUCCGUGUUUUUCUACGAGAUACUAAACUCACCAGAUAAAGCUUGCCAACUGGCGAAACAGGCUUUUGAUGAUGCGAUUGCUGAGCUGGAUACAUUAAACGAAGACAGCUACAAGGAUUCAACGCUCAUCAUGCAAUUGUUACGUGACAACUUGACUUUAUGGACGUCUGAUACGCAAGACAACGAUGAGCCCCAGGAAGCCACUGGAGACAACUAACUCUUUUACUAAAAUAUUUAAUAUAAACAAAUUUAAAAAAAAAACUAUAAUAAUUUUAAUAAAGCAAAACAAACAUUUACACACUUCCGCGAGAAACUGCGCCCCCUUCAUCUUCCACCUGCCCCACAAUUGCGCUCUCACGACACGCUCUUUGUUUUUUCGUUAAUCUUUUUUUUUUUUGUAUACCUGUUCUUUAAAAACAAAAGUCUUGGAUAAGAAUAAAUAAACACAUUUUUUUUCUUUA